AUGUGUUGUUUUCAGGAAGUGGCAACGGCAGUGAAACAUGGCACGAAGAAUAAGCGACUCGCUCUUCAUGCUCUUGGAAGGAAGAAACAGUUCGAGAAACAGCUCAACCACAUUGACGGAGUUUUGCAAACUAUUGAGUUUCAGAGGGAAGCGCUCGAAAAUGCUUCUACCAAUGCAGAAGUUUUACAAGUCAUGGGUGGUGCAAGUAAAGCUUUGAAGGCAGCUCACAAUAACAUGGACAUUGACCAGGUGCACGAUCUGAUGGAAGAUAUAGCUGAGCAGCAAGAGGUUGCCAAUGAAAUUGCUGAAGCAAUCUCAAAUCCUGUUGGUUUUGACAGAGCAGUUGAUGAUGAGGAACUUCUCAGGGAGCUGGAGCAACUUGAACAGGAAGAACUGGAUAAACAGUUAUUGGAUGUCCAACCUACACCCGUUGUACUGCCCGAUGCGCCUUCCACUGAUUUGCCAGCAAGUAGCAAGGCCAAACCAGCAAAAGUUGACCAUGACAAGGACCUGGAAGAUCUUGAGAUGUGGGCCAACGCUUAA